GAAACCGUUAUUGGCCAGGAACAUAGCUCAUGCCACGCGUUUCAGUUCUUUGGUCCAAUCACAGCUCUUCUCUCAGACUUUUCCACGUUGCAAUAUAUUCAAGGUGGGAGCCUGGCAAAUUCGAGCAUACAUAUUCAAAUUGCACUUAAGAGAAGCAUUUUUUUUUUGUCUGCAAGAAUAGCCUACAAAACAGGCUUUUGCAAAUUACGUAAUUUGUUAAAACUUUUAACACUGUCACUGCAAUGUCCUCGAGCCAUUCCUCUACAGGAGUUCCUAAAUGGGAAUAUCGCGUCCGCUUUGCCCUGUGUUUUCUGGGUUUAGUUCUGUCGGUUUACGCGUUACAUGUCGAACUGUCACGGGAGAACGAUCCUGAAUAUCGCGCGAUGUGCGACCUGGGCCAUUCCGUGAGCUGCUCUAAAGUCUUCACAUCCAGAUGGGGACGUGGAUUUGGGCUCGUCCAGAUCUUUACUUCCAAAGACAGCCUGUUAAACCAGCCAAACAGUGUAUUGGGAAUAAUUUUCUAUGCAUUGCAACUGGGUUUAGGUCAGCUGGUGUCCAGUAGAGCAGCGUUCUUCCUUGUCAUGUUCUCCUGGGUGUCAGUGGCUGGAUCUAUAUAUCUGGCUGCUAUUCUGGCAUUUGUCUUGGGUGAUUUCUGCGUGGUCUGCGUCUCAACCUACAUCGUAAACUUUGCUCUUCUCUACACAAACCUAAAGAGAAGGACCGGGCUGGAGGGACGUCUGAAGAGAGGGAAGAGUGAAUGACAAUUUAAAAAAAAAAAAAUAUUAUUUUGACAUCUGGGAUUAAGCUGCCUCUAACUUCAGGGGGAAAAAGAGAGGAACAUGCAAAAAAAUUAAUGUUUACAGAUAAAUGCUUAUUACUGGAAAUCCUGGCACUUUGCAGGCUGGUCUUAGCAAAAAGAAAAAUACGAACAAUAAUCUGGACUUCACAUGUUCAUGGACACAAAAGUGGGAGAAAGCCUCAGUUUUAUUUUUUAUAAUCUAUUUCAGAAUAAUGAAAAAACUUGUUCAUGGAAGUAAUGAUACAGUUGUCAGAAACUGUAUGAUGCUUAUGUGUUUUGCAUCCAGGUCAGAUUUUUACAUACAAGUAGCAUAAUGUAAAACCAUUUUCUGA